AUGCAGAUAAACUAUCUCCGCUUGUUAUUUAUCAUCAUCGUCGUGGACGGUGUCAGUUCUCAAAUCCUAAAUUCAACGGAUGGUUGCCCUUGCUCGAGAGCCCUCGACUGUGCUCCAAUAUACCAAGUGUACCCGGGACACACUGCCUGCUUUGCGAAGAACAAGACUGUAGUUAGGUCUGGUUUGUCCGCCGAUGAAAAGAAAGAAAUAGUCAAACAACACAAUGAUAUUCGCAGCAAGGCAGUCCCAAUGCCAGUGAAUAUGCUAAAGAUGACAUGGGACGAUGAGUUAGCUAUGUUGGCCCAACGGUUUACAGACACCUGUGUGUAUAAUGCACAAAACAUAAUGACGCACGACCCAGUCAGGUUUAUACCAGGUCGAUUCUACGUUGGGCAGAAUUUGGCUUUCGGGUAUUCAUCGUUUGAAGCUGCCAUCAAUGCAUGGUACGCUGAGCAUAAUACCUAUGAUCCACGUUUUGGUACAGAUACUAGUGCAAUCAAUGAACGUGUUGGACAUUAUACCCAGCUCGUGUGGGCGAGUUCUAAUAAGGUCGGAUGCGGAUUUUCACAGUGUGACCGCAAGAAGUAUUACGUCUGCAACUAUGCCCCAGGAGGUAACAUCUUUCCGUUCACCCAGCCAUACAAGACCGGAGCAACGAAGUGCGAAGAUUGUUUGAAGUGUAGCGAUGGUCUAUGUGAUUGUGGGGACAUGGAGUGUGCUAAUGGUGGCACACUAGAUCCCAAAACGUGCAAAUGUAGCUGCCAAAAUGCACCAGUAAACAUCGAGCCAAACUGCCACGUAAACUGCGACGCCCAAGACUUGCCCGCAUGUGGGAAGGAGGAGGCCUACCUGUCUGCUCGGUGUGCAUCUAUCUCUGCAGCUUGCCCUCACAUGUGUAAAUUCUGUUCAUGUCGACAAAAAACUGACAAGGACGGCAAAUGCGGCAGCCCCCCUGCUAGGACAGCCUCUGUCGUUUUAGCGAGCUCCAUGUUGCUUGCAAUUUUUGCUAUACACGGUUUUUUAUUUGUUAACUUUUAA